UCGUUUGUUACAUUGUUGGUACAUGUAUUGUUCUUGUUUUUAAGAUAAAGCUGUAACCCAGAAUCAUCAUGAUUCAAUGGUCAAGCCAAAACUUAACCGUCGCGGCUGCUGCUGGUUUGGCCGUCACAGCGAUGCUUUACCUGGUCACUCGGAAGAGACGUCAGGACACCAGGCUCUAUGAGCUGGUCGGCGAGGUUGCCUCAUUGCACAUAUUCCCUGUCAAGUCGUGUGGAGUGGUCACCGGUGAUGUAGCUCAUUGUACAAAAAACGGAAUGCGCAUGUUUAACGUAAUGGAUAGAGUUUGGGCAGAUCGGCUGGAUGCACUGAGUUGUGGAGAUGAGGCCGGGGCAUGGAUCAGUCAGUACCUUGGGGAAAACGGUCUGCAGCUGUUGGUGCUUCUGCCAGGCAUGGCCACGAGACCAGCUCGUUCUGCACUUGCUAACUCAGCUGACAAGGUGGGUUUCCCUGACAAGUGUCCGUACCAUCUGGCCACGGAGGAGUCACUGAAUGACCUCAACUCCAGGAUCAGCUCGCCGGAAGGUCCAAUAUCGUUCGGGAAUUUUCGACCCAACAUCGUCAUUAAGGGGACACAUCAACCUUGGGACGAGGACUCCUGGGCCUAUCUGAAGAUCGGAGAUAAAGUGAAAAUGCGAGUGUUGGAACCUUGUGACAGAAAAACUUAUCUUUUCUGUCGCAGAUGUAACUUGACCCAAGUAGACCAGACGAAAAGGGAACGCAGAAAAGAUGAAGAGCCUCUAAAAACUUUGAGAAGUUUUCGGAUGUUCCCGGAGAAUAACGUGUCUCCAAUGUUCGGAAUAUUCGCUGGACUCGACGAGGAGAGCGACAUCCGAGUUGGAGAUCCUGUCUACGCAGUUCGGCGGUACCGUCGGUAAUUCACGCCUUGGUGGGGUGUGAGGCUGGGUGGUGUGAUUUGCUCUCUCGUUCCUAUAUUUAUCUCUAGUAGCGCCUCUAAUCUUUGCCACUUAUAUGACCUAUUUGUAGUGCAAGCGCCCUAAAACUAUUAGUAAAGCGAAACCCUUCGUUAAUGUCGAGUUUUCCUAAAUAUAAAAAAUAAAGUCUUUUCGGUGUAUUCUACUUUUUCAAAUAUAAUUCUGAUUUUUUUUACUACUGUAACAGGAUUAUCAUUGCUAUUGUUGCAGAGGUUCAACGAAAUAACAGAUGCUGUUGAAUUCUCUGUGAAUGGCAAGGAAACAUUUCAGCCUGUCUUUAUUACAAUGAUACAUACUUUAGGUUUUCGUUCAGGAAAUAAAUUUUAACCUUGAUCA